UUUCAUCUCCAGGACAACGCUCAGACCGAGAAAACCAAUUGUCACUGGUGUUCUUUAAGCAAGCACUUGUUUUUGCCACGGCCCUGCCAUUGUUUCUUCGCACUAAAUACGUGCAUCUUAAAGUGGAAUAACGGAGUGAGACACAGGUAAGAGAUUUGUUUGAAUAGCCUUUUAGUUAUAAUAUGGGUAAAAUGUGUUACUUAUAUAAAAUUUUGCAUUCCUCUUAUUUGCAGUGUACAAUGGCUCAGGACGGGGUGAUCCUGCAAUUCACCUUUCCAACGUUUGGGGAUUCCAUGCUUCAAAAGAUGGAUGCUCUUCGUAGAGACAGACGCUUCUGUGACGUAACCAUCCGCAUCAAUGACUUAGAAGUGCCUGGACACAAAGUGGUAUUUGCUGCCGGCUCCCCAUUCCUCAGAGACCAGUUUUUCCUUCAGGACUCACACGAAAUACAAAUAUCUACACAGCAGGAUGCAGAUGUUGGACAGAGACUUCUUCACUCCUGCUACACUGGGACACUCGAGUUUCCUGAGCUGGAAUUAGUACACUAUUUAACUGUUGCUAGCUUCCUACAGAUGGGUCAUAUUGUAGAGCAGUGCACUGAAGCUCUAAAUAAAUUUAUAAAACCUAAUGAGGUCAAAGAUGAUCGUGCAUCAUCUCAACAACCAUCGGCUUUUAAUGCACAGCAUGCCCCAACUGUUGUGGAGAUACUAUGUGAUGAAGAAAAUGAGGUGGACAAUGAUGGGGAAGAUGACUUUGAGGAUGAUGAUAUUAUCAUGGAGUCAAAAUCUCCACCUAUGUUUAGAAACUCUCAGAACAGGAGUAGAGAAGACAGUCCUAUUAGCAUUGUUAAGGUGGAGUCAAUAGAUAACCGACUGCAAGACAUCCCCGAUAACUUCCAGAAUUGCUCGACUCGUUCUCCAACACUCUGCUCACCAGAGCCACAACACUCCCUGAUAAACUCCACAGUGGAAACCCGUUCUACUGAGAUUUCGGCUAAACCUGCUUCUGAAUAUUCACUCUCCUCACCAGGGCCCAGUGGGUCUGGGAAGGGGAACCUUUGGGGAUGCUCAAGGAAUGUCGACAAAGGCAUGCAGUGGUACCACCAGUGCCCAAAAUGUGCCCGUGUGUUUCGUCAACUGGAGAACUACGCCAAUCAUUUGAAGAUGCACAAGUUGUUUAUGUGCCUCUUGUGUGGAAAGACGUUUACUCAGAAAGGAAAUCUGCACCGGCACAUGCGUGUGCAUGCUGGCAUUAAGCCCUUCCAAUGUAAAAUAUGUGGAAAGACUUUCACUCAGAAGUGCUCACUGCUAGACCAUUUGAACCUACACAGUGGGGACAAACCCCACCGUUGUAAUUACUGUGACAUGAUGUUUGCACAUAAACCAGUUCUCCGCAAACACCUGAAGCAGAUCCACGGCAAGAACAGUUUUGACAAUGCCAAUGAAGGGAGUAUGUUGGAAGGGCUAUAAAUUCAUAGGAAAAUCUCAAACUAUUAUAUUGAUAUACACAAGACACAUGUUUGUCUUGCAGAUACAGGCAAUUCUGUAAAUAUAUAUUCCUAAAAGGGUUGCACGGUUAUGACAAAAAUCAUCAUUGUCAAUUAUUUAAUUUCAAUUUAUACAAUUUACAUUAAUAUACGUGGAUCAACUGCGUGCCAUAUUUUUUUAUGUAGGGUACACAUUCAAAACAAGCAGAGAAAUGUUUCUCAAUUACUCCACAGCCAUUUUGUCAGUAAAUGAAACGGUGCCUAAAUGGUAAAAUGGUAAACUUCACAUGUAUUUUUUUUAACAAUUUAAAUUAUACACUGAAAAGGCAAUCAACUGUGACAGCACUGACCAUUGUGAUUGGUUACAAUGGUCAACUGCUGCAAAAAAAUUAAACACAUAUUAAAUAGAAAAUUAAAUAAAAACUUUGCCGUAUGAGUAGACCUACAUGGACACUUUUCACAUUUCAGGGUUUGGAAGGCAGAAGCAAACGAUUGCAGGGUAAACUUUGAUAAAGGUGAAUGGGAGACCAUGGCAAAUAUAAUUUUUGCUUUACCCAUUUUGUCCAACAUCAAAAGAAAAAUGCCACGAUUACAUUUAGUACAUUACAAAAAUUGAGAGAGGUGGAUUACGGCAGUUAGAAGAGAGAUGGCAAAUUUACUGUCACUCUCUCAGUGGUUAUCGCACCUGUGGGAACUCGUUUUUUAAAACUAAUUCCAGGGUGAAAUAGUACAAAGUAUAUGGUUAUAAAUGUACACAAAAUAAUAAUAAAAAAAUUGCAUAUAUAAACAGUUUGCUAGAUUUACGAUGCUAAAUAAGGUGGAAAUGCAUCAUCACACUCUGUGAAAAGGGUCCAUCGAAACAUUUCACGAUUAGUUCAUUAUGGCAGCUGUAAUUGAAAUCUCAAUUAUUUAUUUGAAUAAUCGUGCAGCUCUAAUUAUUAAAAAGAGUUUGCGAAAUUUAGUCAGGUUUCGCAGAAAACAAUAUGUACUGUAGUUUUGAAUGCUGUUAUGGCAUUAUUUGACAGGGUCAUAUCUUUUGUAAAGAUUACAAUAUACAGUUACAGUAUAUCUAACAGACCAUAUGUAAUUUCUGACCAAAUCAACAGAGUAAUGCUAGCUAUGUGGAGGAGUGCUAAUAUAUUACUUAUUUGGAAACAGCUGUAUUUCUGUAUUGAAUGUUUCCGUUGGUGUAAACAUGUGAUACAUUUGAGAACAUUGCUGUGACUCAUUAACAAAAAAUAUAAGAUACUGAAUAAAAUGUGCAUUCUUGUGGGUGUUGGAAACAAUAUGAUGCUAUAUACAUGAAAUAAUAGAGGACAGCCGGUCAGCCAGUAUGUAUAGCUUAUUCUAGAUUAAAUCAUUUAACCCAGACUGGGUCCAACUAUGUUUAUUUCUUUACUAUUUUAUUACAACAGUGUCAUGGUGGCAGAGCAUUACCACAGACACUUU